ACUCGGAUAAAACUUGAUGGGAGCAACGAUUUGCAUGCAUAAAUUGAUCCAAAAAAGGUGUGCAGGAAUCGAUUUAAAUCAAUGUUAUGCAAGGACACGAAUAUAAUUGCGACAGUUAUUAUUGUGAGAUUUAUCUUCUGGCAUAUUCUACACUACGACUACGGGUUACUUUCUAGUAAAAUCCUUCAGAAAAUGUGGUUCAGUUGAAUCGAGCUGAAUCGAGCUGAAUCGAGCUGUCUGUACAGGAAUCGAUUUAUUUGUCUGUAACCAAUCCUUACAACAAUGCUUCUCCGCUCUCGAGGGCUUAUAUUUGUUUCUCUAAUGCUCGUUUUCGCGACAAAUUUCAAAGCAAAUGAAGAUGCCGCAAGCGGAGACGGAGGAGGGUCAGGCGAAAGCGGUGAUGAAGAAAGAAACGAAACAAUGACAGAUGCCCCCAGUGAUGGUGAAGAACCGACAGAAAGAACAAGCGACGAAGAAAAUGAAAACAAAAAUGAAACUCUUGUUGCUAGUGGACAAGAGGAAUCUGGCGACGACGAGAAAGAAUAUGGUAACACAAAACUUGAUGAGAAUCCAACUAAAGAGAUAGAUUCUAAAGACACACGGGGCAAUAGCACGUAUUUAAACGCAACAUUAAGCAUAUUGAAUUAUUCUAGUACAACGGAGACACCACUCGACGAUUACAAAUUUAAAAAUGAGAAAAAAGAGAAUAACACAAAAUAUGAUGAUGAUGAUAAUCCAGGCGAAAAAAUAAAUUUUGAAACCACACCAGGUAAUACCACAUAUGUGAAUAUGACAUUGAGCAUGCAGGAUUACAAUAAAACAGCAGAAACAUCACUUUACGGUAGUGAUGGAUUUGAGAACAAGACAAUGGUUAAUAACACAAAAUCUAAUGAUGAGAAUCCAAUCGAAGAAGUGAAUUCUGAAGCAACACCAGGCAAUACCACAUAUGUGAAUAUGACAUUGAGCAUGCAGGAUUACAAUAAAACAGCAGAAACAUCACUUUACGGUGGUGAUGGAUUUGAGAACAAGACAAUAGUUAAUAACACAAAAUCUAAUGAUGAGAAUCCAAUCGAAGAAGUAAAUUCUGAAACAACACCAGGUAAUACCACAUAUCUAAAUAGGACAUUGAGCCAGGGUUACAAUAAAACAGCAGAAACAUCACUUUACGGUGAUGAUGAAUUUGAGAACAAGACAAUAGUUAAUAACACAAAAUCUAAUGAUGAGAAUCCAACUGAAGAAGUAAAUUCUGAAGCAGCACCAGGUAAUACCACAUAUCUAAAUAGGACAUUGAGCCAGGGUUACAAUACAACAGCAGAAACAUCACUUUAUAGUUAUGAUAGAUUUGGGAACAAGACAAUAGUUAAUAACACAAAAUCUGAUAACACAAAAGCUGAUGGCGAGAAUCCAACCGAAGAAAUAAAUUUUAGAUACACACCAAGCAAUGCUACGCAUGUAAAUACAACAUUGGACGAGAAAUAUAAUUGCACAAAAGUUACACUAGAGGUUGAUGAUGACAAAGGUGAAGAUGAUGACGACGACGAUGACGAUGACGACGACGACGACAAUGAUAAAAAGAAUGAUAAAAAGGAUGAUAAAAGCAAAAAUCCAAAGUGUACAGAUAACGAUAAAAAAGAUGAUGAUAAAAAGAAAGAUGACGAUGACGAAAAAGAUGAUGAUAAAAAGGAAGAUGAUGAUAAAAAGAAAGAUGACGAUGAUGAAAAAGAUGAUGAUAAAAAGGAAGAUGAUGAUAAAAAGAAAGAUGACGAUGAUGAAAAAGAUGAUGAUAAAAAGGAAGAUGAUGAUAAAAAGAAAGAUGGUGAAAAAGAUGAUGAUAAAGACGAUGAUAAAGAUGAUGAUGAAAAAGAUGAUGAAAAAGAUGAUGAUGAUGAUGAUGAUGCUGAAGAUGAUGAUAAAAAGGAUGACGAUAAAAAGGAAGAUGAUAAAAAAGUUGAUGAUAAAAAGGGUGACGAUAAAAAGGAAAAUAAAAAGGACGAUGACGAAAGCAAAGACCCAGAUGACGGUGAAGAUGAUAAAAACGAAGAUAAAGGUAAAGACACAAAAGAAAAAGCAAGACAGGAGUUAAACCAAAGAGCAAAAAAUAUUGAUCCGAAAAAUAGAACACAAAUCAAGGAAUUCGUUGCAUUAUUCCAAAAAACGCUUUCAGACGAUAAUUCAGCGGAUCCUAACAAGUUGGAACAGGACAUAUCAUCAUUGACAUUAAUUGAGGAAACUGGGAAACAAAUGGCAACUAAAUUGCGGCCGACGCGAUCGAAUCCCGCCAGUGUGGGAGUGAUCGAGGCCGAAAAAGUGUUUGGUGUGGUAGCAUUCCGUGGCCCAAGAAAAGAAGAAUUUAGAUUUCCUGACAUGAUUGAAGGCUUAACGAAUACUUCAUCUUUCCCUGCCCGAGUGCAACUGCCGUCUGCUGUGCUAAAUAGUACAGGUGGUAAUCUUAGCAUGGUUUUCAUGAUCUUCACGGCGUCUUCACAAAUGAGAUUGCGGACGGGAGACGAAAAUUUUCGGGUUACAGGAAAAGCUGUGGUUAUCUCGAUGUUUCCAAAACCCAAAUUCCCAUUUGUAAAACCAGUGGUGAUAACUAUUAGAACGAAUCAUAUGAAUUCAUCGAAUGCAACAUCAGUUUGCGUGUUCCUGAUGGAAAACUCUACAGACAGAAAUGGCAGUCGAUUUGGAGCCUGGUCAAAUAGAGGAUGCAAACUAGUUCACAGCAACUCGUCUCACUCAACAUGUCAUUGUUUUCAUCUGACAAGCUUUGGGAUUUUAACACGAUUCUCGCCACAAAAGAUUCCAAGUGAACAUGGACUACCUCUAAGUAUAAUAACAUACAUUGGUCUAGGACUGUCGAUAUUCGGAUGUUUUGCUACAUUAUUUGUGCAUCUCAUGCUACCGAAUCUUCGCACGGAAAGGGCAUUCAUCCACAUGAAUUUGGUGAUAGCGUUGGGGAUCGCAAAUAUAGUUUUUCUCUUUCAAAAUUUUCCCGACGUAAACACGAUUGGUUGUACAACAUUAGCAUUUGUCUUACUCUUCUUUUAUUUGGCCGCAUUUUCCUGGAUGAUGCUUGAAGGAAUCCACAUUUACCGAAUGUUUAUUAAAGUUUUCGAAUCAGGCAGAGACCCAAGGAAAUCGUAUUUUGCAGUAGGAUGGGGAAUUCCCUUGGUAUUGGUCAUCAUAACUGCGGCAGUUUUCAGAAACGAUGCGACCUCCGAAUAUUACUGUUGGUUAUCCGCAACAAAUGGCGCCUUGUGGAUGUUUGCUGGGCCAGUCUGCAUUGUAAUAUUUAUCAAUACGUUGAUGCUUAUGGUCGUCCUGAAGACCUCGUAUCAUCACUCAAAACAUGAAAAACACCUACGAAGAACUAUGGCAAAAACAUUAUGUGUCCUCCUACCGGUUCUUGGUGUCACGUGGAUAAUCGGAAUUGUUACCUUUAAUAAAGACAUUAUAGCAAUGCAGUAUAUUUUUGCUAUCCUCAAUUCGCUUCAGGGCUUGUUCAUAUUUCUAAUAUAUGUGAUAUACAGUCAUGAGGUGAGAAAGGAAAUUUCGCAGAGAUUGAAAGUCUGGAAAACUGAGAAAGAAAUCAACGACAAGGUACAGAUCACCCAAGAAUCGAAGAUGAGAUACUCAGAGAACUCGGGCAGCCUACCUCCUAAUACAAAGCCUUGGACCUGAAAAAUGCAUAUAUAUGCAUCGUGCUGUAUGUACUGUAGGUGUCGUAUUUAUGAAGUAAAGCUCAUACAAUGUCAGACAUAUUAAACCUAAAAGCGAUGUAAAAAUGAACAGCGCUGAUGAAAACAAGUGGGCUUAUACGUUACGUGUAAUGUAUCAUAUGAAUAUUUAUUUUAUAUUAUAUAGGUUUUAGUUGAGACUAUAUAGACACUCCCCAUGUAAAAUAUUUAUAUAUAUAUU